GUAAUUUUUAACACACGUUACUUACACAUACGUACCUCUACUGACUUUGCUUACCGACCAUUUUGCUCUGUGAUAACAGUGUGUUGAGGUCGACAACCUAAUCUUCGUCAGGAACCCGCUUUGCGUGCUAACGUACAUAGUGCACAAUUCUCGAGGAUUGGUUGUUAGAGCUGUUGGGUUAGCCUGCUCAGGCGUUUGGUCUGGGUUGCAGCUCAGGGUUGAACAUCGUCUUGGGGAUGCGACAGCCACUCAGCAACUUAGCCCAAUUUACACAGCACCUAUUACCGUGGGUCCUUAUCUAGAGUUUGCAUUACUUCUUACCCAGAGCCUUGUUACAGUGACGGAUACCGGCCUGCCAGCGCCCUCGUCGAUGUUCAAAUUAGGAGCCGAGGAACCUUCUUCUCGUGGCGUCGCAACCCAUCGCAGCGAGGAUAACGAUGGUGAAUAUGAUGAUGAGCAAACCGGUAACAUAAAUGCCGCAGCACCGGCCGCGUUAUUAGCAAGCCAAGCGCAGCGUGCAAGCGCGCACUACGCUCCCGGUCGCUUGGAACAUGGCCUCGGUAGAGCGGCUAGAGGAGGCAGCCCGACACGUACUGCGCACCUUCCAGCUGCGCGUCCACGACAACGUGACGUCGGGCCUGGGCCCAUGAAUUUUUCCUUAGCGCUGCCUUCGGAAGUACGUGGCCCACCGUCAUCAUCGUCGUUGCCCUUGGCAGGACUCUUACCGGCUUCUAACCAGCCGCAAAGUGCCCCAUGGCCGGUCGGUUUCUACGUCCAGGAGCCAGAGCCGCCGUUACAGCUGUCAGCACAGCUAUUGGCCCAACUUGCACCACCGCCACCGCAGCAGCUGCCUCCAGCACGGGCAGUUCAGCCUCGAGUGCUCCCUCCACAACGCCGUGUCGCAGGCGGGCAGCUGCCAUUAUCUUUCGCUGCAGCGGCGGGGGCUGCUGAGCCGCCUCCUUCGCCCUGGUCUUGGAGCGGGCCGCUGCCGCCACAGGAGCCGCUUGACGCCCCAGGACAGCAUCUUACCCUUCCCGCGCUGGGCUCUUCUGGAGGCUACCCUGAAGCAGUCAGCAACAGGCGACGCCUUCCAGCUGUGCCCAUGGAGGACUUGGACGUGACCACGUUGCUCAUGGCCGAAAUUGCGGCCGCGCCCUGGCCAACGCCUGCCAAACUAGGUUACCCGCCGUACAGCAGGGCGGGCGACGCGGCGGCUGCCCGCGCGGUUGCAAUGCCAAUGCCAACUGGUGGGUCCCCAGUCGGCGUGUCCUCCUUUCCUGUAACAGCGCCCUCGCCGGCCACCCAGCAGCCAGCACCUGUGCUGCGCACAAGAGUGCAGUUGCUGCCGCCGCAACCCGUCCUUACUGCCGUACAAAUAGGCCAGCUCACGCAAGCCCAGAUGGUGGAGGCCUUGGACUUCAGCAGGUCCAAACAGCAGAGGCCGCUUCCUGCGUCCGCGGCGCACUUAGCGGUGGCUGCAGGUCUUGGUGUCAGCGAGGGUGGAGCAGGAGAUGCGGGCAUGGCCGCCUACGGAGCCGCACGUGUAGCAUCCGCGUCCGCCGCCGCCAGCUCCAGCGAUGCGGCCAUGCAGCUGCUUCCAAUCAGCUUCCUCCAGCCCUUUCUAGGCGCUCCGCCGCCGGGGGAGUUCCUUGCGGGCGGGCCCGCGGAUGCUGAGGACUUGGCUGCUGCUGGCUGGUUCUCCGAUUCUGUUGAUGCAUUAGUCGCGGCAAGGCACCCCGUGGCAGCGGCGCAUGCGGGGGCGGCAGCAGGCGCUGCACCUUUAGGUCCCGCGGUCGCUCCAACUGCUGCUGCUGCUGGCGGCGGCGGGGGCGGUGCUUCGCCUCGUCACCGGUCCUCAGCCGCUCCCCAUGCAACUGCGACGCGCAAGGAAUCCACAGACGACGUAGAGCUGGACGAUGACGACGACGAUGAUUCCUCCUCCCAAGGCGAGACACGGACACCCAGGUCGCGCGGUACUGGCCGUCGGGGCCGACGAGGCAGCAGAGGCGCUGGCGGCCGGGGUGGCGGCCGGGGCGGCGGCGCGCUUGCACUGGAGACGCUGCAAGGCUCCUUCCAUUUGCCAGUGGUUGACGCGGCGCGCACGUUGGGCGUGAGCACCACAGAACUCAAGCGGCGGUGUCGGCAGCUAGGCAUUCGCCGCUGGCCACAGCGCAAGCUGAUGUGCCUGCAGCGCAUUCUGGAGGACGCCGAGACGGAUACGAACCUGACUGAGGAGCAGCGGCAGGUUGUCCGCGCCUCCGUGGAUCGCAACCGCCAGGAGAUCCUCGCCGACCCAGAUGCGCAGCUGAUGCCCAACCUGAGGACGUUGCGGCAGGUGCAGUACAAGCACUCGUACGAAAAGCGAAUCCACAGCGUUCCGGAAGAUGAAGACUUGGACGACGCUUAAGGAAAGAAAAGUGUUUGUGGACAGUUGGACCAUUACCGUACAUAUCCAAGGGCUGUGGCGCUGCGGCCUCCUCAGCUCCGACCCUACCCUGGACGGGUGCGUUGUUGACCGCAUGCAUACCCGGUAAGCCGGGGCCUUACUAGGCAUGCGUUGUUUACCGUGAGAAAGGCCGGAUACCGGUGGUGGCUUGCAUACGAGGUGUGGAUGGGUGAUGGCACUGGCAUGCAUCACAAGGCGCAGGCGGAAACCCGCUAUCGUCGUAUUAUGUUUUGUUACCCGACAGUGGUCAGGUAACACUCUUGUUAUGGUGAUAUGUGACGUGCGUGGCGGGUGGGUUUCGUGCCGACGGACGCUCCAGUUAUGGGGGCACGUAGCGAUGGACCUGGGGGCCAGUCUCUCAAUCUCCCACAUGACGAAGGACGCUGACUAUGGGUGUCGAGCUUGCAGGUGUCGUUGGGGGCGCGUUGCUAAGUGUAUAUUGGCAUCCAUUUAGGGCAAGCGCUCCCUCGGUUUUGGUUGGUUGAACGAUGGCUGUAGAGUUUGGCACCGUCCCGCUUGUACGGCAUGCGUGGCAGAGGUGGCAUACGGCCAGGGUGAUAUAAGCGGCGGCCGACCAGCGUGUAUUGGAGUGCCAUCCAGCCAAAAAGUCCUGCUCCCUAGGCUUUGGCGUAGAAUAGCGUUUUUACAGCUGGGUUUUGGUACGCAUGCAUUAGUAUUGCUUAUUAAUUUUCACACACGUUUGUCUUGAUCAUGCACACCUCAGUGUAGGCUUAGCCGACAGAUGACUAAUGUGCAGGACAGGGCCAAUGUUCCUUUGACGUACGACAGAUGACAGGAUAGGAGGCUGCACCUAACGAACUGGUCGAGAAGCUCGGGAAGAUGUGUAGCUAGUGACUUGAGAUCUCGUUCGUUUAGCGGUGUGAGCGCUCGGGAUUGCAUGGACUUUCUUAGCCUUUUUGGUUAGCCUUUGCAGGCUACGGACGAUUUGGCGAAGGCAGUAGGCUGUCUGCAACGUCGAUUGGCUGUAGUGCAUUCGACACGCGAGUAUGGAGCGUCAACGAUGAUGGUUUGCAGUUGUCAGUUGAACUAAGUUCUGUAUUUUCGUGUCCAUUAUGCGAUUAAUACCAUCCUACACUGGUAGGCGAUCUGGAAGAUUGGGGAUCCUUAUGACAUGAGGUUGUAGGGCCUUGGAAUGCCGAACGGGCUGGAAUGCGGGUUUCUCAUUUUGUGGCUCUGACCAGUUGAUGACCACGACCACAUACGACCACCCUGCACAAGCUGACGGCAUGGACUAGGAAUUUUUGGUCGCAUGGUACAUGCAUGGCCCUGAUUGCUUUGGGGCCAAACUUGUCGAAGCGACGCUUUCUCCUCCUGACCAGAUUGUGUUGCCGAUGUGUUCCAACGAACACGUCCCAACUGCUUCUGGGUGUUGUAUGACAGACAUGCGCUAGACGGUCUUUAUCUGUAGGUCCCCCGCGUGCCGAGUUUUAGACGAGGCAUGUGGUGGAUUGUAGAUUAGACGGUCCUUGUUGCCGUAUUACCUGGCAACGGUUACAGAUGUAGGGGCAGUGUUAUGUAGGCCUUAGGGCCGCGUGUGCCUUUAGCCGUACUGCAUCGUUGCAACGGUUAAUAGUAAAAUAGUCGCGCUUGACUGGAGAGGCACAUGAAGGCCCGGUUACACGGCCGGAUAUGGCGACAAAGCCUCAAUCCAUGCCGUUACCCAACACUAUGCCGUGCUGUUUAUCGUCUAGGAGCCGGGGAGGUUGGUUAUGGUAUAUGUAGAAGGAACUAUUUACACAACGCCAUUAAACACGCAUGUGACACAUUUCGUCCCAGUACUGGCUGCUGCCGUGACCACCCUAAAUUGGGGAUCCAUUUUAUACCCCACUUUCACUGUAAACCACCUUGUCCC